UUUCCAAUCUUCUUCCGAAAAAAGCCCAUCACAAGGCACAUCCGCCGCCUUCUUUCAAACUCCAUCACCUGCGCCCCUACUCCGUCUGGAAAUUCUCCGCCCAUCACAAGGCACAUCCUAGUGAGCUCUCUCUGCCUGGAAAUUCCAUUCCCCAGCUCUGCUUUCGUCUGCUGUGCGAUAGACGGUUAACUUUACGCUCGUGAAGUGUCCUACCUACAAGCAUGGGGAAGAAGAGGCAGAAGAUAGUCCUCCCACCGGAGCUUCCCCGGGAAGUUCCGGAUGAAGAAGUCCAAGUAUCAGAUGAUGACUUCGAUUUCGUUGAUCAAAAUCGAGAUUAUGCCAGUUUGUUGAAGAAUCUGGACACUAAAUCUAUUACAAAGUACAACUUCUCGUAGCCUCUUCCUUUCACAGUGAUAUUUGAGGCUUGUUUGUAACGGAAAAUCUAUCUUAUAUAGCAUAUUCGUCUGAUAACUAGAUUGUUUUGGCUCAGUUUCUCAGUUUCUUGGGUCAAUAAUUGAAAUUUGGAGUUUGAUAUGAGUUUGUGUCCUAGUGAGCUCUCUAUAUGCUACAGUUCCAUGUAGAAUCAGCGGGAUUAAAUGCAUAUUUUAAGACGGGUCAGCCGGAUUUUCGUUUUUUACCAUUUGUUAUCGAGUUCUUCCACUGGAAGUCUAUUUCCUAUUAUUGCUAACACAGUAAUACUUGUUUUGCUUCAUAAUGUUGUUAAUCCUAUUCAUUCUGCUUGAUAAGACAUGUUACUCGCAUCGCUGAUGUCAAAGAGGAUGCAGUUGAAGCUUUAUAUGAACGGAGAUCAAGGAAACGAUCACAUAUUGAAGAAAAGGAGAAGGAUACCAUUGAAGUAGAUCCUGUGGAUGCACUUCCCGUGAAGACAUUAGAUGGAAAACUUUAUUACAGGACAUUGUCAAGGGAACCAAAGAAAGUAGAAAGCAAACAGGACAGUGAACCUGCUGGUGGUGAUGAAGAUGUGGGUGGAAACAUAGUGAAACUGAGCAAGGCAGAGAAACGUGCAAAGUUUAAGAAAACAAAAAAAGAGGCAAAGAAACAAGCAAAGGAAGGAGUUGACCUGGAGCAACUGAAUCAAGCACCUCAAGCUGAAGUGUUGGAUGAGGUCAGGAAGGAGUUGAUAGUUGAAGAGGACAAUGAGAAGAAGAAGUAUAAGCUUGCUGAGCUAGGUACAGCCUUGCUUACUGAUCCAGAAGCAAACAUCAAAUCUCUCAAGGAGAUUAUGCAAAUUUCUAAAGACGGAGAUCAUGAGAUAGUCAUACUUGGUCUCAAAUCUUUGCUAGCUGUUUUCAGAGACAUCAUUCCUGGCUACCGCAUUAGACUGCCAACCGAAAAAGAGCAGGAAAUGAGAGUGUCAAAAAUUGUUAAGAAAAUGCGAUUUUAUGAAUCAACCCUCUUGUCUUCAUAUAAGGCAUACCUGCAGAAGCUGAUUGCACUAGAAAAGAACGAUGUCUACAAACGUGUGGCUAUGCGCUGCAUUUGCAUGCUGCUUGAGGCAGUUCCUCACUUCAAUUUUAGGGAUAGUCUGGUGACUGCAGUUGUAAGAAACAUAAGCUCUCAGGAUGACAUUGUAAGAAAACUUUGUUGUGGAGCUGUAAAGUCACUUUUUACCAAUGAGGGGAAACAUGGUGGUGAGGCUACCGUAGAGGCUGUUCAGUUGAUUGCAAACCUUGUUAAAGUUCACGAUUGUCAGUUGCAUCCUGAUUCUAUAGAGGUUUUAUUGUCCUUAUAUUUUGAUGAAGACCUUGGGAAGCCUGAAACGUCAGAAGCAGAUAAUAAGAUGAGCAAUAAAAAAUACAGGACAAAGAAGUUUAGGGAGUCGUAUCAUGCCUCAGAGAAUGAGAAGAAGAAAGCUAGAAAAGAGAUGAUGUCAAAGACAAGAGAGGAGAUUAAUGCAGAACUAAAAGCUGCAUCAUUUGCCAAAGAUGUGGCGGAGCGGAGAAGGAUGCAAUCUGAGACACUAUCAGCUGUAUUCGAAAUAUUUUUCCGUGUCCUGAAGCAUGCUGCUAUACAGUUUAGGUCUGCAACUAGUUCUUCUCCUGCUGCAUCGUUGAGUCAUCCUCUGCUUGCACCUUGUCUUAAAGGAAUCGGAAAAUUCUCUCAUUUGCUUGACGUGAUGUAUAUGUCUGAUCUCCUGAAGUAUCUGAGAAAACUCGCCGGGGGUGGUGUCAAUGUCAACAGUUCUUCUGAAAGUGAUUCAACAAAUUUGACAGUAACUGAAAGGCUGCAAUGUUGCAUUGUUGCUUUUAAAGUCAUGAGAAGAAAUCUAGAUGCCCUGAAUGUAGAUCUUCAAGAGUUCUUUGUCCAACUAUAUAAUAUCAUACUCGAGUAUAGGCCUGGAAGGGAUCAGGGAGAAGUGUUAGCCGAAGCAUUAAAGAUCAUGCUGUGUGAUGAGAGGCAGCAUGAUAUGCAAAGGGCUGCAGCUUUUAUAAAACGCCUAGCGACUUUUGCCUUGUGCUUUGGUUCUGCAGAGUCCAUGGCAGCACUGGUUACCUUAAAGCAUUUGCUCCAGAAGAAUGUAAAGUGCCGGAACUUGUUAGAAAAUGAUGCCGGUGGUGGUUCGGUUUCAGGUGCCAUUGCGAGAUAUCACCCUUAUGCAACAGACCCAAACCUCAGCGGGGCACUUUCAUCAGUCCUUUGGGAGCUGAAUCUCUUAACGAAGCAUUACCAUCCAUCUGUGUCCACAAUGGCAUCUGGCGUUUCAGCCAUGAACACGGCAAACAACCAGAUUCUUCAUUCCAACACUUCUCCUCAGCAGGCAUUUAUGGAACUAUCACUCGAAAAGGAAUCCUUCAUCCCGAGGAGUGACAAUAAGAUGCCAAAGUUUAAGCGGAAACAGGGCCCCACCUCUUUUGGAACAGGGUUAACUAACGUUGAUUUGACGGUUCAGGUGGAUAUGGAUGUGGUUAGGAAGAAGUUAACUAAACAUUUUCUCGAAAUCCGUGACAUUGCAGAAAACAAACGGCUAAGGGCUGAAUUGGACAACACAACAUCAUCACUAGAGCUCUAUGAACAGUUUCGUAUACAGAAGAAAAGGAAACCGUAAUUUGAAUUUCAUUUUUCUGCAGGAAUUAAUAUUUUUGCCCUGUUUUGUUAUUGUUGUUGACUUCGUUAAUGCUCUUGUAUUAUUUUUCUUUGAACAAUCUACACUUUGUUUUGUGAUCUUCAAAUUGCAUCUGAUUGGAAUCGAUAACUUAGAGCUCAAUAUAGGCCUACUAGAGAAAAUCCACUUUUGAUACAUGAUGUUGUUUUGUAAUCAUAUAGGGGUGUCCUCAACACGGAUUUUAAAGGAUUGUAAAUCUCAUGGAUUUUAAUAGAUUUCCGG